UGGUCGCAGAAGGUUGUUCUAUUAAUUAGAUCGGAAACAUUCAAUUGAUGAGAUUCUCUGCUGCUGCAAAUUAAGGGAAAAUGUCGGCAUUUGAACUAAAAAAUCUGAAUGAUUGCUUGGAAAAGCAUUUACCUGCUGAUGAACUGAAGGAGGUGAAACGAAUUUUAUACGGUGUGGAGGAAGACCAAACUCUGGAUCUGCCCGCCAGUGCGACGGAUAUCGCUCAGGAGAAUGGAUUUGACAUCAAGGGCUAUCGCUUUACGGCACGAGAAGAGCAAACUCGCAAGCGCCGGAUAGUUAGGGUUGGCGCCAUCCAAAACUCAAUCGUGAUCCCCACCACGGCUCCCAUUGAAAAGCAGCGGGAGGCUAUCUGGAACAAGGUUAAGACCAUGAUCAAGGCGGCAGCAGAAGCCGGAUGCAAUAUUAUUUGCACCCAAGAAGCAUGGACCAUGCCGUUUGCAUUCUGCACUCGGGAAAAGUUCCCCUGGUGCGAGUUCGCCGAGGAAGCCGAAAAUGGGCCUACCACCAAGAUGCUCGCUGAGCUGGCGAAGGCCUACAACAUGGUCAUCAUCCACUCGAUCCUGGAGCGCGAUAUUGAGCAUGGCGAGACCAUCUGGAACACGGCUGUGGUCAUCUCGAACAGCGGUCGUUACCUGGGCAAGCAUCGCAAGAACCACAUUCCCCGGGUGGGAGACUUCAAUGAAUCUACGUACUACAUGGAAGGCAACACCGGGCACCCGGUCUUCGAGACGGAGUUCGGCAAGCUGGCCAUAAACAUCUGCUAUGGGCGCCAUCAUCCCCAGAACUGGAUGAUGUUCGGGCUAAAUGGAGCGGAGAUAGUCUUCAAUCCCUCGGCUACCAUCGGUCGAUUGUCAGAGCCUCUUUGGAGCAUUGAGGCGCGUAAUGCAGCCAUCGCCAACAGCUACUUCACAGUUCCCAUUAAUCGCGUGGGAACUGAGCAGUUCCCUAACGAGUACACGUCUGGAGAUGGUAACAAGGCCCACAAGGAGUUUGGACCGUUCUACGGAUCCUCAUAUGUCGCUGCUCCGGACGGUUCAAGGACACCGAGCUUGUCACGGGACAAAGAUGGCUUGCUGGUUGUCGAGCUCGAUCUGAACCUGUGUCGCCAGGUUAAGGAUUUCUGGGGCUUCCGUAUGACCCAGAGGAUUCCUCUGUAUGCGGAGUCUUUUAAGAAGGCAUCGGAACGGGACUUCAAGCCGCAAAUCAUCAAGGAAGCAUAA